UUAAGCUCGUCAGCUGUUUCAUGUCAUCGGAAUUAUUUGGGGAAAAUGAAACCAGCAACAUGGGCAAACAUAAAACUCAAAUGCAAGAUAACGUUUUCGUGGAAUUCAUGAAAUUGAACCAGGAUUUAGCCAGAGGCUUCAUUAAAGGUGACCGGACAAUAGCUGCUGACAAAUGGCAUGCAUUAGUCUGCAAACUAAAUGCUGCUGGCCCACCUAUCAAGGACAUAGCUCUCGUAUUGCUCGAUUGGAAAAUGCAUAUUCGCAAAAAACUGACGCACAAUAAGAAGGAAGGCAAAGCCACCGGGGGAGGUCCAUAUGAUCAGACCUUUAUUUUACCAAUUGAGGAGGAAGUUGCAAAAAUAUUUGGUCUGUUCGAAAUGGUGAAUGGGUUGGAUGGUGCCCUUACUUUUGGAGUACCGGAAGAGCACACAGAAGCAGAAAAUGUAUCACAACGCACUGAAGAGCCAAUACAAACCGAAACACCAAUUGUUGAGGAGGUAGCCAUGAAAACCAUUGCAACCAGUCUACAGAAACUUAUAACACAUCAAGAGGAGCAUAACCGCCAACAGCUUGAGCACCACCGCAUAAUUCAAAAAAUUUAAGCAGAAAAGUUAGAAGUUCUAAAAAGGCUGAUAAAUAAUAACGUUUGAGGUUUUAAACUUUAACUCAACAUGGUUUAUGUCAUAUAUAAAUAUAACCAUAUCUAUUGUAAAAAAUGUGGCACAAACAACGAUGUGA